UGUUCUUCGGGGUGCUCAACGAUGCGAAGCAAGCUUGCUCCGCGACAAAACGAGGGCCGCGCGAACUGCCACCGACGUCAAUGAGAGGGGAUGAAGAACGACAAACGGCCCGAUUCCUGACCUUGUGCCCGACGUCAGUCCACGCGAUCCGCACGCGUGCCUGUCCAAGAUCUAAUUGCUAUCGCGCGCCCAAGCUAGAGCCAACUGCUCUCCUCAUCAACAAAGUCUCUGAAACGUCGACAGCCACACCAUGGCCAACUCGCCCGAAGAGCGCGCCCACUGGCGCGAUGUGCUGCGCGCAUUCGACGGAUACAUGCAGUACCACCUCUCGGCCAACCAUGCGCGCCGGAUGGCGUUCCUCGCUCUGCCGCGCGACGCGCGCGACGUCUUCGAGACGCUCGGAUACCGCGAGAAGCUUGAGGCCGUGGACGAGGGGAUCCGCCUUAACGCGGAAUUCAUCGAUCUCAUGAUCGCCGACCCGGUGUUCGCGGACAUGCUGGCCGAGCCGGAGGGGGCGGGGCGAGACGACGAGUCGCUGGACGGCGAUGGUGAUGGGCACGGACACGGACACGGACACGGACAUGGUCACGGACAUGGACACGCGCACGGCCAUGCGGACGGGCCUGCGCCGGCGGGAAAGACGGCGGCCGCGGAGCGCGACCUGCGGCAGGACAAGGUGCGGAGCACGCUGCGCUCCUUUGUGCGCGACUGGGCGGUCGAGGGCCGCGCUGAGCGCGACGCAUGCUACGCGCCGAUUCUUGCUGCGCUGGACGCACACUUCCCCGCCGCGGGGCGCGGGGACGUCAAAGUCCUCGUGCCCGGCUGCGGGCUGGGGCGGCUCGCGAUGGAGAUCGCGGCGCGAGGCUUCUGGGCACAGGGCAACGAGUUCAGCACGUACAUGCUCAUCGGGAGCCACUUUGCGCUCAACCAGUCGACGCGCGUAGGCGAGCACACGAUCUUUCCGUGGCUGCACAGUUUCUCGAACCACUCGUCGACGGAGCAUGGGCUGCUGCGCAGCGUGCGCGUGCCAGACGUCGUGCCCGCCGACAUCCUUGGCGGGCGCGGCUGGUUCAGCCUCGUCGCGGGCGACUUUGAGGAGGUGUAUGGUCCGACGCACUGGUUUGGCGAUGGGGAAGAGGAGGGGAAUGGGCAUGGCGCGCAGGUUAGAGAUGAGGAAGAUGAGGAAGAACACGGCCGCAUCAACCAGCGUGGCCGGUGGGGAGCUGUCGUGACGUGUUUCUUCAUUGAUACCGCGCGCAACGUCCUCAAUUACCUCCGCAUCAUCCAUGGCCUGUUGGCGGACGGCGGGGUGUGGAUCAACGUCGGCCCUCUGCUGUGGCACUUCGAGAACGCAGGGACGUCGCCCAAGGGCGAGGGCUCGAUCGAGCUCAGUCUCGACGAGGUCAAGGCGCUCGCGCGCAUGGUCGGGUUCGAAAUCUCGAACGAACGCACCAUCUCAUCGACGUAUACGGGCGUACCCGACUCUAUGCUGGAGCACGUAUACAACUGUGCAUUUUGGACCGCGACAAAGGUCAAGCCUGAGGGGCGGGCCAUCACGGCAUGAGCCCACCCUCACUCCUCACAACCACCCAUCCACAUAGCACACACCGUAAUCUGAAAACAUGCAUGUCGAGGCUACAUGGCUCUAU